UCACAACACGACUUCUCUACCCGCCACCUAUUCUUGACAUCCUGGACAGUUCCUCUGUUAGCAAUUGCACUUCGUUAACAGCUCGAACUCUUAAUCAAUCAUGUCUACCCUGUCUACUCAGAUUACUCCAUCAAAGAAGGCUGCUUCGGCAAUCCAGUCCCUCAAGAUGUCAGACUCGCCUGCGAAGAAGCUCGACUUCUCCUCGGAUAACAAGGAAAAUAUUUUCGCGCCUAUCGUCGGCAUUCCCAUCUUGGACGAGCCAGAAGUCGCGUCCGACAAACUCGCUGUGGCCCCAACCAUCAAGCAAGAGGAAGCACACGAGCCGCUGCUACAAGAGAAUCCCCAGCGCUUCGUGUUGUUCCCCAUCAAGUACCAUGAGAUCUGGCAAAUGUACAAGAAGGCCGAAGCUUCCUUCUGGACGGCCGAGGAAAUUGAUUUGUCCAAAGACCUUCACGACUGGAACAAGCGUCUGAACAACGACGAGCGCUUCUUCAUCUCCCACGUCCUUGCCUUUUUUGCCGCUUCGGAUGGCAUUGUCAACGAAAACCUUGUUGAACGGUUCAGCGGCGAAGUCCAGGUGCCUGAGGCACGUUGCUUCUACGGGUUCCAAAUCAUGAUGGAAAACAUCCACUCGGAGACAUACUCUUUGUUGAUUGAUACCUACAUCAGCGAACCUAAGCAGCGCACCUAUCUAUUGAACGCCAUUGAUAACAUCCCCUGCGUCCGCAAGAAGGCUGAUUGGGCUUUGAAGUGGAUCUCGGACAAGAACUCCACCUUUGCUUCCCGACUCGUCGCGUUCGCCGCCGUCGAGGGUAUCUUCUUCAGCGGCUCCUUUGCGUCGAUAUUCUGGCUCAAGAAGCGCGGUCUGAUGCCCGGCCUCACAUUCUCCAACGAACUCAUCUCGCGUGAUGAGGGUAUGCACACCGACUUCGCCUGCCUCCUCUUCUCCCAUCUCAACACACGACCGAGCCCCAAGGAAGUCGAAGCUAUUAUAACAGAGGCGGUCGCAAUCGAGCAGGAGUUCCUCACGGACGCGCUCCCAUGCGCCCUCUUGGGCAUGAACGCGAAGCUCAUGUGCCAAUACAUUGAGUUUGUCGCCGAUCGUCUACUGUUGUCUCUCGGCAACCAGAAGACCUACAACGCGACAAACCCUUUCGACUUCAUGGAGAACAUCUCCCUAGCAGGCAAGACAAACUUCUUCGAGAAGCGCGUUGGUGACUACCAGAAGGCCGGCGUCAUGGCCAGCACUAAGAAGCACGACAAGGAUGGCGAGAGCAAAGAGGACGCGCCGGUAAUGAGCGGUGACUUCGCCUUCGAUGAGGACUUUUAGAUGUGUCGAUGAUGAUAUCCCUUCCUUAUUGUUCUAUCUGCAUGGCUGCUGGUUUGGCUUUCUAUAUUCUCGCGUCUAUUCUGCAUUACCGGAGUAUGCUACAACAUGUAGGAAUACUGGAGGCUGCAUUCUUGGGAAAGGGUGAAUCUUCACUUACUCUCCUGUUAUUUUGGCGUUCACGGUAUGGUCGCCUUGGAUAGGCGGAUUGAAUGGGCAUGGCUUAUGGGUAUGGGGGAUAAUGAUGCUCAGCUCAAUUGGAUUGAUAAUCUCAAGACUGAACUUUUGUAUAUGACUGUGAUGCGGACUGGGUCGCUCCAUAGAGUGGCGAGAAUAUAUACCUACUUGUCAAGUACUAUCAGUCCGGAAUGUUUACGCGUUUUGAGUU